AACAACGAUCUGUUUGACAACAUUCUCCUGGCGGAAGAAAGGUUCAGAGGGGAGGGCUACAGGGAGGGCUUUGAGAAAGGGACCCAGCGAGGACUUCUGGACGGACGCAGACACGGAGCGUCUCACGGGGCCAAACUGUCCACAGGAAUUUCCUUCUAUUACGGGUUUGCCAUCACGUGGAAAUGUCUCCUCCAACACAAUGCAGACGUCAAAUCCAGGUAAAGCCUCCUCAUUACCUUACUCCAUUUACUUCCAAACUCUCCUCACGAUGAUCCGCAAAAAAAAAAGCUGCAGGACUCCAGAAAACUGCGCUCCAAGUUCAGACAGUUAAGGGACAGUUCUGGAAAAGGGACACACGCAGGUUUUCUCCCACGCUGCCUCCCUCCUCUCUGCACACUCAUUGUUCCUCCCUCUCCGCCCAGCUCCUUUGAAUCCCCCUCAGCCUCACCAUCACUGGCCUCAAACUCCCUGACGCACCUCCUCCUCAACCUGUUCUCCCUUACCAGAACUCCCCCAACCACCCCUCCCAUCCCAGAAAUCACAAAGUGA